GGAUCUGUGCAUGAUGCACACUGGGUUUAUUAACCUGCAGGGCCCACUCCGCCAUCGUAGCCAGCCAAGAGCAAGGGCUCAAAAUAGGAAUGUAAGAUAAGAUUUCCAGGAAUAUUUUGAAUGCGGCGCGCGGGUUUUGGGCCUCAUCCCCGCGCGGCUUAUAACAGAGACUCGCUGAUAUAAAGAAGGAGUGGUUGGCCUCCAUAAGAAUAUUAUACAGCAUUUUCUCCUAACCUAUACAUAUACCUUGAUUUCAUGAGAUUAGUCUGUGCAAAGUUACGUUUCAAUACACGAAGCUUCUCGAAAACUCCGAUAAAAAUGGCCACCAAAACUGUUCUCAUUCUCGGCUCAGGUCCACGUAUCGGCGAAGCUGUGUCUGAGAAGUUCGCUGCAGAAGGAUACAAAGUCGCCAUUGUCUCGAGAAAAGGUACAGACUCAGUCAACGAAAAGGGCUAUCUUUCUCUCUCAGCUGAUUUCGCCAACACCGACCCCAGCAUCUUAGCUUCUGUCUUCGACAAAUUUAAGAGCGAGUUCUCAACGGCUCCUAGCGUAGUCAUAUACAACGCCGGUUCCAUCACUCCCCCACCCGAUGCAGAAUCAGCCUUGUCUAUUCCAAGUGUAAGUCGCCAUCAAACGAAUUUCCAACCUUUGGUUUCAGCUCAUAAAUCCCCUCUCCAUCUCAAUGUUUUGAAGAAAAUUUCCCCGCAUCUCCCUUUAGAAGCCUUCCUUAUUCACAGAAAUGCUAAAUUUGUUGCUCUGCAGGCUCGUGUUGCCAAUGAUUUGAACGUGAAUGUUGUCACCCCCUUCAUUGCCGCACAAGAAGCCAUCAAAGGCUGGGAAACUCUGCCCGAAGAGAGCAAGAAGGUGUUCAUCUACACAGGCAACAUCUGUAAUGUCGCGGUAUUGCCAGUGCCAUUGUUGUUGAACGGCGGUAUGGGAAAGGCAGCCACUGCCUAUUGGCUUGGUGUUGCUGACGGAGCAUAUACAGCCAAGGGUUAUCGGUAAGUCGUUGUCUAUUUUUUCUCUUCCACAUCAUGUUCUCCACAGAAAGAAACAGUGAUUUGUUGUAGAUCGUCUUCUAACACGUCCCCCCCUAGAUUCAUUUACGCAGACCAGCGCCAAGCGGACGGCAAGAUCGCAGGCCAGGCGGUUAACGGCCCCGCGCAUGCCGAUUUCUACUCGCAAUUGGCGGCGAGCGGCGCGGAGAACGUCCCAUGGCAUGCCACAUUUGUGAAGGACCAAGGUUAUACCAAAUUUUAGAUAUCGAUUGGCUUUAUAAACAGCGCGUUUAAAAUGGCCACUUAAAAAAUAAAAAUAUUUCAUCUUAUCAAUUCAAGUACUCAAAACAGACCUAGCUCUUUCUUUUCCUUCCUGUGUUGAUUUAACUGGAGACGAUCUCUGCCUUCUAAAAUCUGUAAUAAGUUGAAUACCAUCAUAGGCCAGAUAGAUCUAAACAUAUUGAAAAUUUAAUCUGAAUAAGAAAGCAAUGAAUUAGAGAAUGAAUGAAUACA